AUGUCCUGGUUGCACAGCUGGCGUCCCCUCUCUUUUGGGCACCUGCUGCCCAGCAUAUCACAUCUUGGCAUGUUCCUGCAAACUCUGCCUGUUCACAGGGAGAGUGCAGGUGAAAUGCGGGGCGUGUUGGUGAGUCCGGAUACAAUAGCCACAGGAAUAACAAGCCAUGGUUACACCAGCAUGCCCACUGGUCAAGUGCCAAAACCAUGCUUGUGGGCAGGUCACCAACUGCUGCUGAAGCUCGCAAGCCCUUUCGCCAAAUGCAAAUCUGGCCGCAUACACAGCCAAGGGGAUCUGUAUGAGCCGGGCAUGGGCGCUCAGAGCCUCGUCGCCAAAGGGCCCUCGGGGAUGCCAACGGCAGUCCAUCAAGAUCCUGGUGGUCGACUGCUGUCGUGCAUCUCGAGAAGAAGUAAGCGAGGAGCGUCAAUUGCACUGCGCUUCGGGUCCAGAAGGAUGGUCGCAACAACAAAAUGGCCAAUGACUGCACUACCGGCCCAGUCAUGCCCCUGGGUGCUGUGCCAAACGACAUCGAAGCUCGCCGGCCAUGUCGCGAAGAGGAAAACCAGACACGCGCAGCCACAGCGAAGGAACUCGUCGAAGAGACGACACACGGGUGAUCAACCCCAGGGACUGUGA